AUGAGGGCCUCUGGCGGUCGGCCGGGACUGGGCUCGCGCGCGUCUUCUGUCGCCGCCGAGAAGCGCCUGGGCGCGCUUCAGCGACGAAGUCGAUCCUCCGCUUCUAUGUGCGCCCAGGACGCAACUAGCCAGAGUCGGCGGCUCCCGCGAGCGAGGGGCGGGGGCUUUCCGUCCGCGCCGGGGUCGCCUUCCGCCGGGCCGGGCCUGCAACGCACGACAUUUCUUCUCCCCUUCCUGCGGCACACCAACCGCGCCAGAGGCCCUGCUGCCGCUGCCACACGUUAUGUCGCAUCUCGACAUAAACCACACGAGUGGUGCUUUAGAGGCCUCACGUCUGCCCUUGGUGUGAGGGCGGAACCCCAUCGGCUCGCGAAGGUCAACUUGCGGACUGGGCGCGUAGCGCACCUGAUGCGGAAAGCCCUCGAGCUAACGUCGUCAUGUGUGUCUGCCCGCGACACGCGCUACGCUGACUGCGUUGCCUCCCUCAUGUUGUCCAGAGACCUGGCGUCCGUGUGCAUCGCGCCCGACACUGUUUGCCAUCGUGUCAGCCUUCCGCCAAACGCUUCAACCCCCCGGGGGGCAUCGAACUACUGCUCAGCUUGCUCGGUGCUCACGCCUGCGCUCAGCGCAUGCCCCGUGAUCCAUACUGUCGAGCCGAUAUCUAAACGCCUGCCGUUUGCGGCCUGCCCUCGCCGCCCGGCGGCCGAGGCGCGCAGGACAGUCGCCUUUCUCCCGCGACAUGCAAGGGCCCCGUCAGUUUCCGACUCGUUCAUGCCUCUCCAGCACCGCCUGCGCUGCGAUUCUUUGCGCAGGCCUCGAGACGCAGGGGGGCGAGCCCCGGGGGCAGCCACCCUGUCGUGUGUCUUGCCGGCUGGGUUGAGGGGCUCCGCGAGGUUUGUUUCUGCGUCCGCGAUUCGCCGCCCGACGAACGCGUCGCCCGACUCUGUGUUGGCUCCCGCGGCGCCGCAGAAGCGCCUCGAGUCGCCCACGUCGUCCGAGGACCUCCUCCGGUCGCUCGCCGACGAGGCCGAGUGGAGCGCGAACCUCACGGCCUCGCUCUCGUGGGCAUCCUCGACGUCCACGUCCGCGGCGUCAAGCGUCAUAUGGUCGUCCGCGUCGCGGCGAAGUCUGUCGCCGAAACGCGACGCGGGGGACGCACACGCAGCCUCUCCCGCAGCCCGCAAGGCCGGCGGCGGGCCCUGCCCCAGACAGAAAAGAGGCGCGCGGCGCAGGGGCAAGACGCCCGCCAGCGCAUCCCUUUUCGACGUCCCCCUUCCCAGACCGGAACGCCUCCCGCUGGACGUGACUCCGUACUUGACUGAAGCCUCAGAAGCCCGCCUGGAGCGCGCCGCGCCCACGCAGACCGAUGCGCUCCUGCCGUUGCCCAGCGAGGCGCCCUACCAGCCUGCCAAGCGAGGCAUUGACGCCUCGACGCAACUAUGUGGCAACGAGGAACUCUUCCGGUUCGCGGAGGAGGUUGCGCCGCUUGUCCACGUCAUCGUGAGCAAGACGCUGGAAGAAGCGCAGACUGAGCUGGCGCACGAGGCAGAGUUGAGCGCGAUGGCGGCUUCGAGAGCGGCGCACCUGGAGCGCCAGAGGCGGCGGCGCGAGCAAGAACAACAUGCGGAGCGCCUGGAACGCCUUCGCGCAGAAAACACACAAAAACUCAUCGCAUACCAUGAACGAAGAGUCGAGCGCGAGAAGAUUUUGAUACGAAAAUUCACGGCUGUGGAGGCUGCAAAUCAGACGUCGUUCAACGCCAUGGCUGCGUUCGCGCUCAGCCGGCUGCAGGCGGGCGGCGCUUUCAUCGAGGAUGCGACCGUCGCAGUUCAGACCCGCACCCUGGGCGCGCUGAACCAACGCGUCGCAGAUGAAGUGUCCCAGCUAGCGCUGUUGACAGGCGUCACAAUGGGGCUUAUACACUCAGCUCUCCUGACUCAAGUCUCUUUAGCUGAGAGUGCCCAGAGAGAGUAUCGCAAGCAGGAGCGGCAGCGCCACGCGCACGCCCGCAAGGUGGCGGAUAUUCGCAGAGGGCGUCUGCACUUCACGCUGAGAUCUGAAGACAUUCCUUGCGCGGCGCCCGAGAACCCCGCCGACCUCACGUCCCACCCGCCACCUCAAGAGAGCUACGACGAGGGAGAAUCGAGAAGUGAGUCUGACGAAGAAGGCGAGAGCGAGGAGAGCGACGACAAGGCGCGCGAGCCCUCGGCUGGGGAGGCGCAAGCAGAGAGCGCGCGGCGGAGCAGCGAGCGACACGGAGGCGCGGCGCAGGUUGACAGGCGCGACCGGGGCGACGCGAAGCCGUCAGCGUCUCCAGCGUGUCUGCCGGUCCCCGCAGAGAAGCGUCCUGGAGGCGCCCGCGCCUCUACCCCACGACAGCGGGCGUCGGCAUCGGCGCAGAAACGCAGAAGCGGCCAGCAGGGCUCAGACGCCGCGGGACCGGAGGAUGAGGACUCCCGAGACUCGAUAGCUCGCGACGCACGCGCAGAGCAAGAACAGAGAGAGAAAAGGCCAGGAGGAAAGAAGCAAGGCGCUACGCCAUCGGGUCGGCAGCCGACGCGGCCGGGGUCAGCGGCCUCUCCACGUCGAGUAAGUGCGCCGACGGAGAAUCGAGACAGCGCAGGGGAGGACGGAGAACAACACCGAAAUGAGACAGCAAGGCCCUUCGCAGGCGAGCGCGACAGCAGAAGUUCGGCACACAGCACGACAGAGUCGAUGGCGUCCUCCAGCACGCCUCCCACGCCGGCUGACAGUGGGGACGAAGUGCACGCUGCGUACGCAGAAGACCGCGAAAGCGACCUCGACGGCAAAGACAAUCUUGAUGUCGACAGCGACAUCAUCGUGGGGCCUCUCACGGUUGUGAAGAACAGCGAGACGCGUGAGUGCCUUCCUAUGGAAGACGUUCGGGCAGCGAUCGCCCAGUGGAUACGCGAACGGAUUCCCAAGCUUGCAGCCCGCGCGCCUGAUGGAUUCGAUGUGCUCAAAAACGGCAAAGUCCAAACGAGCGUCGCAGCGCUGCUUUUGACGUCUCCAGGGGAGCUAUUUCUCAAGGCAAGGCCAGUAAAUUCCCAGCCACACGAGGAAUCUGAAGAGAUAGCAAAAGAGGGCGAGCGACCCGUGAGCUAG